AGUUAUAUAACUUGGUGGUUUUUGACUUCUUGUUAUGUAUUUAGAAUUACACCCAACUCGCAAGUGGUUGACACCACUUUGAGCUACUAUGGGAAUAAAUGUCUCAUGGAUCUGCAUUAGAUGUGGCGUACAUAAUUUCUCAUCCUCAUUCUUCUCAGCUGAUUUUAUUCCACUUUUAAAUUCCUUCGACACGCUGUAUUUUAAUGAAGAAAUUUUCUGUUAUCUUUUUUAUUUCUAUUACUCUCUCGGUCCCACAUGUCAUCUGCGUGUAUUGAUACACACGAGAAAUUAAUCAUGACAAGGAGAGGGUAUUCGCUGGCUGCCUGGGAUUGAACCCGCGACCAGCGUGACGGGAGAGCCACUCCUUACCGAGUCGGCCAAAGAGGUACCCCACUGGCUAAGUAGGUUAUGGGAGGCUCGUUCAUCAGGCAUAGUCACCGCACUAUGUGGCUUUCCCCUUAUGUAGAUUAAUUACUGUGUGUUGAGACCUUUAGACAGUGACCCAUAUUGGUGCAUUAUUUCACAACGUCACCGUAGAGACAUACCUCCGACACUUCCCGUUUUCUAUCAACCUCGGAGAGCAUGGGCCAUCACUCUACCUGUUAUACCCCUUCGGGGAAACUCAACAGAAUCGCAGGAGAGGAUCCCACCGCUGCCACCAGUUUAAUGAGGCCAAGUUACAUCAUCAUGUCCAAGAAAGUUGAGGACAGCGAGCUGCAGACCCUCACCCUCUCUCCGACCAACACCAACGAUGACGAGUCUUCACCCUUCGUCAACCCUGCAAGUGAUGAGACAGCCUUCCCCAUCAGCCCUCCCCCAUCUUACUCCUCUGUGACCACCUCCAGCAGCACUCUGACAGGAGAGAAGAGGAAGCUGGAGAGGAUGGUGAGCGCCCCGAGCAGCAGCACCACCAAGCCCGUCCCAGCAGUGCGGGUAUCCACACCGCCUGGCUCCUCACGCAUCACCUACACUAAUGAGCGGGCCAAUGACAGGAAGAUGGACCUCAGCAAAAUCAUUCGUGAGCGGCCAACGCCCAGUUCUUCUAUCGGACAGAAAAAAGCUGCCCACAACACACCUGGCACCCCUGGGCAUGAGGGCCCCCCACCCAGUCCAGGUAUACGGAGGUUUGUAGUCAAUGCUCCAGAAGGUAAGAACACCAAUUGGAUGCAAUCCUUUGGGUCUCAGUGGGUUACAGGAGAACCCCAAAAAUCAUAUGAUGGGAAUGACGUUACUUCCACUUUUGGCCCAAAUCCCAUUACAAGCUCCACCCCAGUCACUUCAAUGUCCUUGCUGACCUUGCCUCCCAGCAGGGGCACCCCAAACAUGCAGAGGAGUGUGACCUCUAGGGGUGGCCUUGGUAGGCCAGGGAUGAUGCGUUCAGGGCCAAGGUCAGUGUCGGGUAUAGAUGCCCGAAAAAUGGACCGACCUGUUCAACACCACACCUUCAUGGCAGAUGUGGCAGAUGUGCGGCAGAUCGAACAGGGACUCCUGCAGCUCAUGGAGGACUUCCAGGCUGGCAGUCUGCGGGCAUUUGGGAAGGACUCGCGGCUGAGGCAGAUGGAGGCCAUCCGGGAACAGCAGGAACGCUUGGCGCGGCUUCACUUUGAAGUUGGAGCAGAGCAGGACUUGUAUCCCCCACUGUCUGAGGAUGGGCUGAGGGCUUCCCACAACAGCAUGCGCACCCUUAUGGAAAAACUGGCACAGCUCUCAGAGUCCAUUGAGCGUCUCCACACCAACACCAGCAGCAGCGAACGAAAGAGUGUCCAGAGUCACCUCUUCAACCAGCGCUCCACCACAGACCCCACCUCCUCCGCUGCUGCUUCCAAGCCCCACUACCACCACCACCACAGCCAUCACCAUCAUGGGCACCACCACAGCCAUCAUCAUCAUCACCACCAUCACCACCACAACAGCAGUCAUAACGCUCCCAAUAGCACUGCCUCCACGGUUACAGAUUCACUCGGUAGCUCCCAGCAGACUACCCCCACCAACUCCCACAAUGUCACUGGCAGCUCCACCUCCUCAGUCCCCACAGCCCCUCACCAGCACCAGCCCAGCCCAGGGAACACUCGCCCGUCCCAGACCCUCCCCCCCGUGCCUCUCAGACUGAAGGGACCUGCUGGGAGUCACUUUGGGGUUCUGUCCAAGGCAGGGAAGGUUGGGGACUCCUGAUAGAUGCAACACUGAGCCACACUGUUGCAGAGAGCAGUGGUAGUUGGCCUUUGUCACAGAUGGGCUCACUGUGCUGAGAACUACUUGUGGUAUGCUUAUUCACAUUGUACAAAGUAGUUUUUUUAACUACUUCACUUAAUUCACUCUUCAAUACGACUAAACUUCCUUUAUUUGGUCUUUGUUGUGUACCAUUGUAUGCAACACAGUGUAUAUAUGUCAUGAAGAUAUAUUAGUAUUUUAUAUUGUUGACUUAAAUCUUGAAUAGUUUUCAGGACUAAUAGGUAUUUUUUUAUUGAAAGUGCCAUUUAUAUUAUCAGCAUCCUCUGGGUGCAGAGUAGCCUGUCAGAUUUUCACCCUCUUGCCACAUCUUUUAAAGGCUAGAUGUUGGCAAUUAGAAAAUGAUUCAUAUUUUGGUUCCAAUGGUUUGACAGAGUAAUUAGAAAGAAAUAACCUUGAAAAGGGAUAGCAGAAGAAAUUGAUAAUGACUUUUCAAAGAAUUUGUUGUAAGAAACAAGAUAUAAAUGAUGUCAAUCAGAAGAAUGUUUGGCAUUAUGGCUCUUUUAUUGCUUUGGGGCAGCUCUGGGCCAACACUUCGAGGGCAAAAAAAGAUGCUCCGUGUCGCUGUGCUUGUGACUCGGCUUGUACUUUUAACCCUUUCACUCUGGCGACGCCGACGUCGGUGUCCGACGGGCGUCUGAUGGCAUCACCGUUUGGAAAGGGUUAGUCCUCUUCUAAACCUCUUAAUCCUCUUCCAUUUCCUCUUCAUCCUCUUCUAACCCUCUUAAGAGGAAAUGGAAGAGGAUUAAGAGGAAUUUAGAGGAGGAUUGAGAGGUUUAGAAGAGGAUUUAUCCUCUUCCAUUUCCUAUUGACCCUUUCCAUACUGUGACGCCGACGUCUGCGUCACGGAUGGAAAGGGUUAAGUGUGUCUUUAAUCUGCUCAAGUUAUUUAAUUGUGGGUUCAUUGCUUUGUUUUGACGUCACUUUUUCAUGUGGUGGGUUGAGUUACAGUGAAGCAUAAUUUGCUGAUGCAAUUUAUUUGUGUAUUUAGUAGAUUUUUUCAUAUUUUCAAUGACUAUUAAGAUUAAGAAAUGGACUUGGACAGAAUAUCAUGCACAGACUGAUAACAGAUGGACCACCAAAGUAACGGAACAGCAACCCCCUGAAGUAGUAGGAGAGGUCGGCUUGGACAAUGGACCAGGUGGAGAGAUGAAAUUAGAGCAUU